AUGUUGAGAAACUGCAAUUGUGCUUCUUCUAACAAACAUUCAUUACAAUGUCAAGAUGACCAGGAAAUUGUAUGGAUUGAAAAUCCUGGGUAUGUUCCCCCGAAAAGUGGUCACGAAUUGGAGAAUUGGGAGUGCGAGGAUCGACCACGAAUUGAAGAAGAGAUGGAGAAGCAAAACAAGCUUUUAAAGUGUUUACAUGAACAGAUUCAAGCAGUUCCCGAUGGUGACGUCAAAAAGUUGUUGGAGGAACGAGCGUGGUCGGUGCAACAAACGGUGACCGCUUUAAGGAGACGAAGACGAUCGGUGGCCGAACCAACAAAAAAUGAAGAGAACGCAGAAAGUGAAUCGAUUCGAGGUCUCAUGUUGGAGGAGAAACAACUCUUGGCCGUGCAAACGAAUCUUUUGGAAGAAAUUGCGGUUGAGAAGAAGCAAGUCGCCGAGUUAUGCUGGAGCUUGGUGAAACUCGGAUAUCAAACUACUGAGGAAGUCUUCCCGAAAAUUGAGGGAGACUCUUGGGAAAGCUUUCUAGCUGACGCUUUAUUGGAGGAAGCCGCUCGCUCAACACUUAUUGAAGAGUUGGCUCGACUCAAAUCUGAAUGUGCAGUACUGCGUGCAAAUCUGGAACUCGCUCAAUACGAUCAAAAUCAAGUGACUCGCUUC